AUGCCUACCCACGAAUGUUAUCGAAAAUACUCGGAGAAGAUUCUCUAUCCCGGUACCCCGGACUACGAGACAUGCAGACGCAACAAUCCUAGUGGAGAUGCUCCUGAUGCAUACCCUGCAGAAAUCCACGUGGUUCAUGAUGCGGAAGACAUUGUGUUUGCACUGAAGCGGGCAAACGAGUUGAAGAAAGAUGUUGGUGUUCGAUCAGGCGGCCAUACCCUGACCAACGGAGCCAUCUUUACGGGCAUUCUCAUCGAUACCACUCACCUCAACCGAAGCGUGCAAUACGAUUCAGAAACCCAUGGCAUCACCUUUGGCCCUUCGGUGCGGGUUCAGGAAUUGGCGGAAAAGCUGCGGGAAGUCAAUCGUUUCUACCCUCACGGCCACUGUCCCACCGUCGCGGCGGCUGGCUUCCACCUCGGUGCCGGGCAGGGCGUAGGCAUGCGAGGCUGGGGCCCGACUUAUCGCGACUGGGUCACCCAACUGGAAAUCGUCGUGGCCGACGGCCGCAUUGUAAUUGCCAGCGCCGAGGAAAACGCCGACCUUUUCUGGGCGGCAAGAGGAGGCGGUCCUGCCUUUUUCGGUGUCAUUACGAAAUUUUGGGGAAAAACGAUUCCUCGAACAAAAUGGUGGGGUCAGCAUCUUAUUUUCGAGCUGGGCAACAACUACAAACCUCUGGUGAAGUGGUUUGUUGAGCGGUCCAAGGAGACGCCGAGAAUGGGAACUGAACUCAACGCUGCCAUCUUAUACCCGGAAAAGGCAAAGGCGCAGAGUCUUCCAGACAAGCCGCCCGCAGAGUCGAGCCUCAAAUUCCUCGUCACCAAUAUUGCCAUUGCUGAUACCGAGAGCAAAGCGAAAGAAAUGCUCGCCGCUUAUGAAGAGAUUCCGACUGAACUCAGGUCGUCCGUACUGGAGUCUUCCUGGAAGGAAGUGACCUUGGAGAAGAUGUGGGAGGAACAAAACAUGCUGUGGAAUAGCGAAAGCAGUGAGCAUUGGCGGUUUCAGAGCCUUUGCACGGACAGCUCGGUGGAUUUGGACAAGUUGCUCGAUGCUGCGGAACCAAUUCAGACGGACAUUCCCACGCUCAGAUCGGUUUCCCUUCUCGUCAUCCCCAGCUGGGAGCCGGACGAGGCAGCUUGCGCAUAUAGCGUGCCGAUUGAGCUGUACUUUUGUGCAUUCGCGGGUUGGGCGGACCCAAGCCUGACACCCUCGAUGAAGGAGCACUGGCAAUCUCGAUACAAGAAGUUGUUGCCGUACUCGUCCGGCACGUUUGCCGCAGACUACGACGUGACUUCUGAUGAGGCAAAUUCGACACCAUUAUCCAACACGGCUCUGGCACGAUUCAUGGAUAUUGGUAAGAAAUGGGACCCGCAGCAGUUGUUUCCGAUGAGGAACAAGUAUGUCUUGACUUCUGAGAAGAUGAAGAAGCUAUGGCAGAAGUCUUGA